AUGGCCGUACCCUCCCUUGAGGAGCUGGACUCCUUCAAGUACAGCGACCUGCAGAACUUAGCCAAGAAUCUGGGCCUCCGAGCUAACCUGAGGGCAGACAAGUUGUUAAAAGCCUUGAAAUCCCACCUUAAACACGAGGUAAAAAAAGAAAAUGAUAAUCGGGAUGGAAGUCAAACUUCUGCAUCGUCUUGUGACGAGGCUGAGAUGCAGAGUGGCAGCCAGGAGCAAGCUGAGAGGGAGCCGGCUGACCACGGCACCAAAACCAGGAGAAGGUGCAGGACGGUCCACAGGAACCCUGACUCCCAGCAGGAUGAUUCAGAGAUAAAAAUAAGUGAUCACGCUGAAUUGCAGAAUCAAGAGAAGCAGGAAAACCAGGAUCUCAGAACAGUUGCAGAAGUUCCUUCACCACCAGAUGAAAGCCAAGGAGAGGAGAAUGCCGUUUCCUCAGGAAAAAGAAGAAUAAAUGAUUCAAAGGUACCUUCAGAAAGAAAGAAGCCUCUCUACACAGAUGGGUUUUCCAAACAUGGAAAAAGCAAAAGAAAUACGAGUACUACUCCAAACUUUAAGAAGCUUCAUGAGGCUCGCUUUAAGGAAAUGGAGUCCAUUGAUCAAUAUAUUGAGAGAAAAAAGAAACAUUUUGAAGAACACAAUUCAUUUAAUGAACUGAAGAAGCAGCUGGUCACCAAGGGAGCGGUGGUGACUCCGGUUCCUCUCCGGGGAAGGCUCCGCGCGGCUUGCACCCCCACCAGCCAGCGCCACUUGCCGGGCCGGCCCCUGGGCGCUGCAGGGCGGAGCACCUUGUGUGGGAAGGGCUCCGCCAAGCGAGCCGUUCUCUCGGCUACUAAAAUGAACGUCAGGUUUUCAGCUGCUACCAAAGAUAAUGAGCAUAAGCGUUCACUGACCAAGACUCCAGCCAGAAAGUCUCCACAUGUGAUCAUACCUGGGAGUACCCCAAAAGGCCAGGCUGUGCUCGGGACAGACAAGUUAAAGACCACAAAUGGAAAUUCUGUUUCUGUUGUUACCCCAUUCAAACUGACAACUCAGACAGCACAGACUCCAGUCUCCAACAAGAAGCCAGUGUUUGAUCUCAAAGCAAGUCUGUCUCGUCCCCUCAACUAUGAGCCACACAAAGGCAAGCUGAAACCAUGGGGUCAAUCUAAAGAAAAUAAUUCUCUGAAAGAGCACGUAAACAGAGUUAGCUUCCACAAGAAAACUUACAAACAACCUCCUCUCCAGACUAGGGAGGAACAACGGAAACAACAUGAGCAAAGACGAAAAGAGAAGAAAGCAAAGGUUUUAGGAGCUCGAAGAGGCCUCAUUAUGGCUGAAGAUUAAUUUUUUAAUAUCCUGUAAAUAGUAUUUUAUUCUGAACCCUUUCUUUAUUGUAAAUAUUUUUGUCUUUCCCACUUUAGUCAAAAGACUUUUUUCUGCUCUUUGUUCACUAUCUAUGUAGUGUUGGUGGUUCUCUUCACAUACUACAUCCCUGAAAAGUUGUUACUGACCUUAAGGUUCACAAAUUCUUUGAAAUGGUUUUUACCUAAGUUUCUGUACAAUUCAGUUUUCUAAUGAGACUCAUCCUAUAGAUUCUUGACCUAGAUUUUUAAUGUCAAGUUCCCUCUGCUGACAGAACUGGAAUCCUCUUCCAGACAGAAGCAUUUACCUGAGGGUAGGUAGUUGUACCACAACCUUUAGUAGAACCUAAACCACUAACAAGCUGAGAAAGCCACCU